CUGACAGGACAUCAUCGACUGGUACACAGCUAUCAGAGCAGCGAAGUUCCGAUACUUACAAAUCGCUUUCCCGGAGAGUCCUAUCGGGGAACUCAUCACUCAUUUGACCCGCGAUUUUGUCAAAGAGGGCUUCCUAUGGAAGACCGGCCCCCGAGUCAGCGACUCCUAUAAGAAACGGUGGUUUGUUUUGGACGACAGGAAACUCAUGUAUUUGGAUCAGCCUUUGGAGGCGUUCCCGAAGGGCGAGAUAUUUUUAGGUGAUUCCGACGAAGGAUUUAUUGUGAAACAAGGAGUUCCGCCUGGAAUGAAGGAACUGGAGAACGGAUACUCAUUCACUUUAGUCACUCCGGAGAGGACCUGGCUGUUUGCGGCGUCGAGUACGGACGAGCGCCAGUCGUGGAUGAAAGCGCUCGAGUCGGUGAUAAACCAGACGUCUUCGGCGCCCACCGAAGCCAUCAAAGAGACGGUUCGCAACGAUUUACGCAACUCUUACGCCAGAAAGAGCAGAGUAGGGGCUCAUAAGGGGGAAUGGGGUCUCACAAACGUUUUGCCGAAUAAAUAA